UCGACCGUCUGCGUUGCUGGCGGCUUGUGGCGCGAGAGGCAAAGAUAGCCUGGUUGGCAGUGGGGGGGUCGUGCACGGGACACCGAAACAGUUGCAUUGGUCGGUAGGUGGGGCACCCCCAGGCGGCGACCAGUUACCUCUCCAAUUACGCUGGCACUCCACGACUCCCCGCAUUGUCUCUCCGCGUGCCGAGCUGUGCUUGUUCCGCGUUAUGUGCCCCUAAUGAGCGCCCCUUGCUUGCUACCGAUGGUGUGGGAAGUGCACAACGGCUCUGCGCGGUCAUGGUGAUUAGAUAACAAACUUGAGGCCCGCAGUGGUGGCGGCCUGCCAGCAUAGCUGCGGAGUCGAUCGGGAAAGUUCCUCGACUGUGUUGUGUGUCGCGACUCAUCAGCAUGCCGCUCUUCGGUAAGAAGAAACGAGACUCGGACUCCCUGUCCCCGGACGGCGACGCAGAUGCCAACGGUGCCGCACCGGGUGGAUCGCCGACGGCGAACGGCAGCGGAGGCGUGCACACAGCUUCCUCUCCCGCCGGUUCCACGGUGGACGGUCUACCCAAAAGCAUGCCCAAACCUAAGCUGGUGUUCCACUGCCAGCAAGCGCAGGGCAGCCCGACCGGCAUAAUCUCCGGCUUCUCAAACAUCAAGGAGCUCUACCUGAAGAUAGCCGAGUGCUACGACUUCCCGGCUUCAGACAUUCUAUUUUGUACACUCAACACGCACAAAGUGGACAUGAGCCGGCUCCUGGGUGGCCAAAUAGGGCUUGAUGACUUCAUCUUUGUGCAUCGUCGAGGCCAGCCCAAGGAAGUUGAGGUGCUCAAGGGGGAAGACUCCCUGGGCCUCACCAUCACCGACAAUGGAGCUGGCCUGGCGUUCAUCAAGCGCAUCAAAGAGGGCUCCCUCAUGGACCGCAUUGGGUUUGUGCAGGUUGGCGACCACAUAGAGCGCAUUGAUGAAAGAAGCAUGGUCAACUGCCGUCAUUAUGAAGUAGCAAAAGCACUCAAGGAGAUCAAGAAAGGCUCCACAUUCACACUUCGCUUGGUUGAACCUCUCAAGGCUGGUUUCUCACACAUAGGGCCUCGAAGUGGAGCGAUGGCUGGUCAGGCGAAAAACAAGGGGUCCAUGGGGUCGGGCAAGGAGACUCUGCGGUUGCGUUCCAAGGGUCCUGCCACUGUGGAGAAAGCCCCUGACAAUGUGAUCCAGGCAGCAGUGGACAAGAUUAAUGCUCUUCUCGAGUCUUACAUGGGUAUCAACGACUCUGAACUAGCCACUCAGAUCUGGGAGCUUGGCUGCGAGAGGCCCAACCCACACGAAUUUGUGACAGCGGUGGCUGAUUCUGACCUGGAUGCGUUUGGUUUCACUGAAGACUUUCUCUUUGACAUCUGGGGUGCGAUUGGAGACGCACGUGCCGGUCGGCUGCCACCUAAGGACCACACAGCUCGCACAGACCUUUGAGUCUUAUGCACAGUUGUCUUUUCUUGUGUGGGGGGGCCGACAUCUACAGGUUCCUUCUGGGAAUUUUGCUGAAGUUAUUCAAAUAGUAGGUGCCAGUUUUGCGUGCGAGUGAGUUAACCGAUCAUGACUGCUGCUGGAGUGCACUGGUCAGCUGUAAGUGAAGUCGCUGUGGACAAUCAAGCCUGUGCAUCGGCAGUUAAACAGAAGCCCUCAUUGGAGGCUUUAAGGAGAUACAAGUGUCUGCUUAGCAGAUACUCUGGGUGUAUGCACGCAUUCAGAAUUUGUGUAAGCCUGGUUUUCCGAUCAGAGCUGCAAGGUGGCUUCUUUUUGUUUUCCGGCUGGUUUGUUCCGAUACUCUUAGAGAGCUAACCACUGCCGUGAUUUUUUUUUUUUUUUCCGAUUUUUGCGUCAGCCUAAAGUUCCUUUCACUUGUCAUUCACGACAUUCCAAGCAUUGUGGUUGUGCAGAUUAAUUGAUGUUACCCGGUGUCGCUAAUAGUAUGAGCUUUCAAAGCAUUUGUAUGACUAAAAGUUGCAGAUUUUACAUCCACUUACAGUCUCACACUACAGAGUUGUGGUCUUGGUUUUUUAAGGUCAGAGACAUUUUUUUUUACACACGUAUAUAUAUACAUAUAUAUAAACAUGUACAAAUACUUCACCGUGCAAUUUUGAAAUGAGAUCAGUAGUAUUGAGAACUUAAUGAGCUUCUAGACAACUGAAACGGAUUCUUGGUCUAUCUACUUAUCAUUACUUCACUUGAUUCACGAGUGAGGACAUGAGAAACCUGAAUGCCCCAUCAUGCAAAUCAGAUAAUUGUCAGAAGCAGCUUUGCCUUAUACAUUUGCAAAUAAUAGUAUUAGUCCUGCAUUUUAUGCCAGUUUACAUGCUUCAACAUUCCAGAAUUGUGCGUGCAGGAAAUGCCGUUUUCUUGUAUUUCAAAGAACGCUACCUUUUAUGGCUGUGUGUUCUUCCAGUCAAGCGUAUAGAAACUCCCACUGAAGUGACAUUCCACGAGGAAACAGCCCUUUCGAAAUCUUCAGACUUGCUUCUCAUCUUUUAGCAGUGUUUUUUGCAGCAAUAUUUUGUACAUUGUCUUCAUACAGUGGCACUUUUAUCUAGAGAGGCUUGAAUGCAUUGCAGUUGUGCUUGAAAGUGAAUGGUGCAAGGCUGCUUUGCCGACCCCAAGGAACGGUGGUGUUCCUAAAUCCAUCAUAUAACACAUUCAAUGCUUCAACAUGUGUACACGAUCGAAAAGAAAUCCUCCAUGCUGAUCCGUCCUGCAACUCGUGCACCAUUCCAUAUUUUUGUAUGGCGUAAAUAUAUUGAUCAACAGGGUCAGUGUACAUGAAAAUUAUAUGUAUUCCUAUGAGAUUUUUUAUCAGUGCUUCAAAACUAGUAUGUAGUACUCUACUGUGUCUUCUAUAAUGGAGUGCCUCUGUAACAUUAGGUACAUGACAAGCUAUUUUUACGAAGCAUCUGUUUUUUAGAUCUUGCUUAAGACAUUCCAAAUAUCUGUGCGACACUCUUGUAUAUUAUCUAGUGUGGUGCUUUGGUGCUACUAUACUAUGCAAUGCAAAAUGAAUCUUUCACCUCACAGGGCUCGCCAACUCUCAUAUUUGUUCACCUUCAAGAAUGUUUAAGAAAGGGGACGCCAAACCUAAUGUGUCUACAAACUGUGCACAUUGUUGUGCAAGGCAGCUAUUUUUCAUUAAAGAAAAAUUCUGUAAGGCUGUUUUACAUAACAUUUACAAAAAAAAAAGCAUCCAGCACAAGAAUUCUAGUAUGCCAGAGAGUUGAGUAAUGGAGAUGGAAAAGACGAGUAGAAACAGCUGUACACACAAUUGUGUAAUGCGGAAAGGUUGUACCUGCAGUAUGAACAGUAAAUGAUGUGCUUAAUAAUUUAAAAUCGGACGAUGUCAAAUCACAUGCAAGUUUGGCUGAGGGAAUAGUUUUUCUGGCUAGGUUUAAAAUGAAAGAUGAUAAUGAACGACAAGAUGAAAUUUUCACUUAACUGCAAGAAUACAAAUGAGUAGCCUCAAACCUAUCGAUGACUUUCUAAGUAGACAAUUUCUUGCUCCAAUAUUUCUCUCGUGAUUGUUUUUGCAGACGUCCACUAGUCAUGGUUUUUUCUCUAAAUGUGCUAGACAAGGAAUGAGGAGAGUAAAUGUUUAUAAUGUGACCUUGUCUCUGAAUAAACCACCUUAUUCUUCAAA